GCUGCGCAACGAGUGCUCAUCCUCGUGCAGAGUGUACCAUGUGGACCCGAAUACCGAUGAUUCUGAUCAGGCAACCUCGACUAUCCCCGACAUCGGUACCGAACCUUAUCCGGAUAUCACUCUUUAAGAAGCGCUGAAAUGUUGCCCUCCUGACCUGCGAUUGAUCUCGUUUCGAACUGAGCCAACGUAUUUUCCUCAUCGCCGGCCUAGUUUGGGAUUUACUUGAACCUCCCACCAGAAUGCAUCAUAAACACGUGUCAACCAACACCUUCCAUGGCGGUUUUUUUUGCAUUGUUUGCGAUCAUCGCCAUUCCAAGGUUGCCUCAGUUGCUCAUAGUUCGUCCUGUGACACCCGCGAGACCAUAAAUAUGAAGGUGGAGAGAGGCAUCUAUUGUGUUCAGUGCGCUUGUCGGUUUAGCUGUCGGCGCGCUGGGCAACCCCAUUGCCCAGCGCGCGCCCUCUGGGUCCAAGGUGGUUAUUGUCCAGAUGUUCGAGUGGACAUGGGACAGCAUUGCUGCUGAGUGCACGAACUUCCUUGGUCCAGCAGGUUACGGUUUUGUACAAGCGAGCCCUGCCGCCGAGCAUAUCAGCGGUAGCCAAUGGUGGACGGAUUAUCAGCCCGUUUCCUAUAUCCUGACAUCGAAGCGAGGGAAUCGUUCUCAAUAUAAGAACAUGAUAGACACUUGCCAUGCGGCUGGUGUCGGGGUCAUUGCUGACACGAUCUUCAACCAUAUGGCUGGAAUGGACUCUGGGACUGGAGUGGCUGGAAGCAGCUUCACGCACUACAACUACCCCGGUAUUUAUCAGACGCAGGACUUCCAUCACUGUGGACUCGAGCCAGGAGAUGGAAUUGUCAAUUAUGAUAACCGUCUGGAAGUGCAGACCUGCCAAUUGGACAACUUGGCGGAUUUGGCGACCGACACAGAAUACGUUCGCGAACGACUGGCACAAUAUGCUAAUGAUCUAUUAAGCCUCGGUGUCGAUGGCCUGCGUUUGGAUGCUGCUAAACAUAUCGCCGCAACGGAUAUUGCGAAUAUCACGUCGCGCUUCAAUUCGGCUCCAUACAUCACCCAAGAGGUCAUUUGGGGAUCAGGAGAGCCUAUUCAACCCUCUGAAUACACUGGGAUCGGCGAUGUCCAAGAGUUCCGUUACACUACGGCUCUCCAAGAUGCUUUCUCCAGCUCGGGAAUCUCUGGUCUACAAAAUUUGGAUAGCAACGGUUGGGUUUCUGGCUCGGGAGCCAACGUUUUUGUCGCCGACCAUGAUACCGAGAGGAAUGGCAACUCACUGAACGCCAAUUCGCCCUCCAACACCUACUAUCUUGCUCAUAUAUUCUCACUUGCUCACCCCUAUGGGACGCCUACUGUUUUAUCCAGCUACUCUGGGUUCUCAGACACCGACGUCGGCGCUCCGAAUAGCGGAGUAGGAACGUGUUCAGGGAGCACCGGCACCAACGGCUGGUUGUGUCAACAUCGGUGGACCGGCAUCGCCGGCAUGGUUGGCUUCCGCAACAAUGUCAGUUCAGCGGCGCUCAACAACUGGGUGGCUCCCAGCUCUCAACAGAUAGCCUUUGGUCGAGGCAGCAUAGGUUUCGUCGCUAUCAACAACGUGGACUCCUCCUGGACCGCAACAUUUACCUCCUCCCUUCCAGCGGGAACCUACUGCGAUGUUGUCAGUGGGGGGUCUUCUUCUGGAAACUGCACGGGCUCUUCCUUUACUGUUUCAUCGAGCGGCACGUUUGCCGCGACGAUCGGGUCGCGCUCAGCAAUUGCGAUCCACACAGGCGCGACUGGCACCGGCACUGGAUCUGGAUCGACUUCACCAACAAAUUCCACCAUAGCUGUCACAUUCCAGGAGACUGCAACAACGACUUAUGGGGAGAACAUUUUCCUCGUUGGUAGUAUCUCUCAACUUGGAGAUUGGGCAGCAGCGAGUGCGAUCGCACUCUCGUCGGCUAAUUAUCCCACUUGGAGCGUGACGGUCAACCUUCCUGCGAGCACGACAUUCCAGUACAAGUUCAUCCGAAAGGAGACGGAUGGGAGCGUCAAUUGGGAGUCUGACCCCAACCGGAGUGACACGACCCCGAGCUCGGGUACUCAAACCAUCACCACCUCUUGGCGCUGAGUGAAUGGCUGGUUCGUUCGUGCUGGUCGUCGUCGGGUCGAACGCAAAAAUCAUCUAAACUUUUGUUGUGACAGAAUACCUUUGUUUGUACGAGCUUCAUGUAACUCUGAUCAAAUAAGAAGUGUUUUUGUAUG